UUGGACGAUAUGAUUUUUGAAGUAAUACUUUCUGAUAAGCAGGAUGACUUGCAUUCAAUAACAUGCAGGACACGCGUCCUUAUCAUACUUUUAUAUAAAUCCAGGUUGGGUAAGCUUGUAUGACUCUCCUGUUCUUGGACAGCAUUAUUUUUCUUCAAUUUGUACAUGUUUUAUCGUGAUUUUUCAUUCCAGUAUGACCGUCUACUUGCGUGUCAAGCGACCACUCAAUGAGACCACAGUUGUGAGUGCUUUUGAAACCGAGCCGAUCAAGAAGCUAUGUCGUCUAGAUUCAGAUCCUGUCUCUCCAACUGUAUUUCGAUAUAUUGGCAGCCAGAAACCAGGCGAUAAAAUUUCGUAUGAUACUUUGGACAGCUUGAAUAGAGUUGAAACAUGGGGCUCUAGCAAACUGAUUCUGAAUACUAAUUCGGGGACGAUUCUCAGUGGUGACGGCACGCGAGAUGUAGACUGUGAGGUCAAAAUAAACACACUCAAGCGUUCUACUUCGACGUCACUCACCAGCAAAGACUGCGCUGGCCCACCGGGCAAAGUACUUAAAAUAAUUGACAUUGUCCCUGAAUCCACCCAACUCGACACACUCCUGAGAGAGCUCCAAGUGGGCACGAGUCCCGUAUCUAAACGGUUUUCAGAAGAAUCGGAAAUAGAUUAUGUGUAUGAUUUGUACCUACUGGAGCGACGAUCCCGUAAAAGACGUUCACGCAGCGCCAGCUCCUCUUCAUCCCGGAGUCACUCAUCACGAUACGCAGAGAACGAGAUCGUGUUUGAGGAUAUUUAUGGUCAGGAUGAUGAUGUUCACGAUGAUGAAGAUGAUUCCAACAGCGAAUCCAACUGGCGCAAUGACUAUCCGGAUGAGGAAGACACGACGGACGACGACAGUUCGUCAUCAUCUUCGGUUGAUCGAAAAUCCAAUGCAGAUUCUGAUGAUGCCUAUAUUUAUUCCUACUGACCAUAUCUCACAGUCUUGCCUGUACAUAUCAUUUAUAUAUAGCCCUACG